GAGGAGAAUGCGACGCGCGGGUCUGGCCGGGCUGGGCUCCGUGGCCGUGCUCUGGCUGCUGGCUUUGGCUUCCCUGCUGGGGCUGUGGAGCCAGCGGCUCGCGGCGCCGGGAGUCCCCGGACCGGGCUUCCCGCGGGAGGCAGCCGGCUCGAGACUUGGAAACCUGAGGCGGGCGGCUGUAGCGCCGGGGGAGUCCCGUCGGCGCCUCGGUCUGGCCAGUCAAGCCGCCCAGAAAACUUUCCGAGCGCUGCUCACGCUGCCGGGACAGCCCCCGGAGCCCCCGGACGCGGCGAGCGAGAGCGGGCAGGAGCCGCCCCCGGCUCUUCCUCGGCGGCAGAGGCCAGCGGCGGAGCUUCCCGCCUCGCCGGUGCGCGGGGGGAUCUUCUGGAGCCGGGCGCUGGAGGCUCAGGUGCCGCCGGGCUUCUCGGCGGAGGAGACGGCCUCGUGGCUGCGGGCGGCCCGGGCGGCGCGCGUCGUGUCCCUGGAGCGGGGCGGCUGCGGGCGCAGCUCCAACCGGCUGGCCCGGCUGUCGGACGGGAGCCGCGCCUGCGUGCGCUACGGCAUCAACCCGGAGCAGAUCCAGGGCGAGGCGCUCUCCUACCACCUGGCCGAGCUGCUGGGCAUCCAGGAGCGCCUCCCGCCGCUGGCCCUCUCGCGGGUGGAGGCGCGCGGCGGGCAGUGGGCGCCAGUGCGCGAGGAGCUGCGCGGCUCCCAUUGGGCCGAGGGCGCCGUGGUCAGCCUCGCGCGGUGGGUGGACAACCUGACCGACGUGGUGGCCCCCGCCCUUUGGCGCGCCGAGGCCGGCCGGCGCCUGCAGACCCUGGCGGCGGGGGAGCUGCGCGGCCUGGGGCCGGCGCAGCUGGUGGAGCUGGUGCAGUGGAGCGACCUGAUCCUCUUCGACUACCUGACGGCCAACUUCGACCGGCUGGUCAGCAACCUCUUCAGCCUGCAGUGGGACCCCCGCGUCAUGCACCGCGCCACCAGCAACCUCCUCCGCGCCCCCAACGGCGGGCUGGUCUUCCUCGACAACGAGGCCGGCCUGGUGCACGGCUACCGGCUCCUGGCCAUGUGGGACCAGUACAACGAGCCCUUGCUGCGCUCCGUCUGCCUCUUCCGCGAGGCCACCGCCCAGCGGGUGCGGGAGCUCCACCGCCUGCGCAACGCGGCCGCCGAGCUUCGCCGCCUCUACCGGACUCGGGAGCCCCUGGCCGAAACGCUGGGCUUCCUCUCCGACCAGCAAGCCCAGCUCCUGCAGGACCGCGUGGACUUGGUCCACAAGCACAUUUUGCACUGCAAAGCCAAGGCCGCCUCGCUGUGAUUGGCCCGUCUCGGCCGGAAGAGUGUCCUUGCCAGGGGGCCCGAGGUCUGGGCCUUUCACCCCUUCGAGGUCUCCUGCGAGAUUGCCA